AACAAACCCAAACAGAAACAAAUCAGCAGCUCAACAGCUCAAUUAGGUUUUAAUGUGGCCCUCUAAUUGCUCGCUUGCUGCAAUUACGAGCCCGCUGCAAAGCCGCGGUCCAUAUAAGCGCCAGCCUCGACACACAUUGCCACAACUGGCCGAACGAAUCGAAGCAGCAAACAUGCGUCUCCAUCUACUGCUAGCCCUGACCCUGGCCAUGCUGGCCGUAUUGCAAGUGGCCACAGCUCGAGUGACGCCCUAUCAGGAUGCUCAGCAUCAUCGCUCGACCACGGUGGCCAGCUUUAACGCCGGCUUAGCUGGCGUUCCCUCCGGCCAGCCGCCACAUGGUGGCCCGCCACCGAAGCCACGCACUACCACAGCCUCCAGCUCUGGCUGAACUCGGCGCUGAACCAAGCAACUGAUCUGAAGGACCACGAAAACUACAUGAAAAUAUAUUAACCUCGCACUGUAUUAAAUCUUUGACACACUUCAAUA